CCGCCGCCCGCCCGGCCCGGCCCGGCCCCGCGGAGCCCGGGCACCCCCCCCUUUCCCCCGCCCCAAAUGAGCGGCGCUCCCGGCGGGCCCCGGCCGAGGACCCCGCCGAGCCGCGGAGCCGCGGCCGCCCCGUCGCCCCGGCCGCCCCCCGCCGACCCGCUGCGCCAGGCCAGCCGGCUGCCCAUCCGCGUCCUGAAGAUGCUCAGCGCCCACGGCGGCCACCUCCUGCACCCCGAGUACCUCCAGCCGCUCUCCUCCACGCCCGUCAGCCCCAUCGAGCUGGACGCCAAGAAGAGCCCGCUGGCGCUGCUGGCCCAGACCUGCUCGCAGAUCGGGAAGCCCGACCCGCCGCCCUCCUCCAAGCUGAACGCCGUGGCGGCCGCCGCGCCCGCCGCCGACAAGGAGCCCUCCGCCCGGCCCGCCGCGCUGAAGCCGCCGGGCAGCGGCGGGGACGCGCCCGCCGAGGACAAGUCGAGCUUCAAGCCCUACUCGAAGGGCGGCGGGGAGCCGCGCAAGGAGGGCGGCGCGGACAAGGCCGGCUUUCGGGUGCCCAGCGCCGCGUGCCCGCCGUUCCCCCCGCACGCCGCCGCCUCGCCCGGCGGCUCCCGCGGGGCCUCGCCGCAGCACCCCGACCCCAAGGGCGCCGAGGAGAAGAAGGAGCCCGAGAGCGGCAAGCCCAGCCCCGAAGGGACGGGCGGGGCGCUGGGGCGCGGGGUGGCGGAGGCCGGGGCGCACGGCGAGCCCCCCUCGGGCCGCAAGUCGGAGCCCCCCGCGCUGCCGCCCGCCGGCCAUGUGGCCCCCGUGUCGCCCUACAAGCCGGGCCACUCCGUCUUCCCCCUGCCGCCCUCCAGCAUCGGCUACCACGGCUCCAUCGUCGGCGCCUACGCCGGCUACCCGUCCCAGUUCGUGCCCGGGCUGGACCCCACCAAGCCGGGGCUGGUGGGCAGCCAGCUGCCGGGGGCGUUGGGGCUGCCGGGGAAACCGCCCAGCUCCAGCCCGCUCACCGGGGCCUCGCCGCCCUCCUUCAUGCAGGGAUUAUGCCGGGACCCGUACUGCCUGAGCUACCACAGCGCCUCGCACCUGGGCUCCAGCAACUGCUCCAGCUGCGUGCACGACCCCGGCAGCCUCAAGAGCGGAUACCCCUUGGUGUACCCCACGCACCCCCUGCACUCGGUGCACACCACGCUCUCCUCCGGCGGCACCCCCAGCCUGCCCGGCCACCCCCUGUACACCUACGGCUUCAUGCUGCAGAACGACCCCCUGCCCCACAUAUGCAACUGGGUGUCUGCCAGCGGACCCUGCGACAAGAGGUUUGCCACCUCGGAGGAGCUGCUCACCCACCUACGGACCCACACGGCCCUGCCGGGGGCCGAGAAACUCUUGGCGGGCUACCCUACCUCCGGGCUGGGCUCGGCGGCCUCCUGCCACCUGCACCUGCCGCCCGCCGCCCCCGGCAGCCCCAACACCUUACCGGCCUCGCUCUCCUUGAGGAGCCCACACACUUUGGGACUAAACAGGUACCACCCCUACGGCAAGAGCCACUUGCCCGCGGCCGGCGCCCUGCCCGUGCCCUCCUUGCCGGCCGCCGGACCUUACUACUCCCCGUACGCGCUCUACGGCCAAAGACUCACGUCAGCCUCGGCUUUGGGAUAUCAGUAACCAGCGCGGCCCCGGCCGGCUCAGCCCCAGCCUCCCCGCGCCCUCCUUGGACUCUGUAUUUAUUACUGUAUGUUAGCUUAAAGCUGGGAAUAUAAGUGCAUUAUACACCAAUGAAUCAAUGGUAUGCAAAAGUCUGUGUCCAAAAAAAAAAAAAACAAAAAAAACCCCGAAAAAAGAAAAAAAAAAAAAAAUCCCUCUUUACUUUGCAGGUGUGGGGCUUUGAUUUUCCCCUUUUGUUUCUUUUGAAUUUUUUUUUUUCCUUCCCCUUUCUUAAUUUCCCCCGAGAAAUUCUUGCAUGACUCCUGCCACACAUGGAAAAGCAAAAAAAAAAAAAAAAAAAAAAAAAAAAGGCAUUUUCCUCCUUCCCCUCUGCGUUUAUCGCUCUGGGAUUCUGUUCUCUGCAUUUGUAACUUGCAGAUGUAAUUUUUUUUGUAAUUUUUUUCUUAUUUUUAAUCUUUGGGGUUUUCAAAUUUUUUUCCCUUUUAAAAUUUUUUGUGGUUUAUUUUUUUUUUAUUUUACAUUUUUUCUUUUUUUUUUUUCCUUUUUUCGCGCUGUGUCCGGGGCCGGGGGGGCUGCUCACACCGGCCGGGUGAUGUUCACCCCAGGCCGUGCCCCGCCGGGGGGCUGCAGGACCCCGCGUGUCCCCCCCACAUCCCCGGUGGGGGGACCGGAGGAGCGGCAGGACCGGCGGCCCCGGGCGGGCGGACGAGCCCCGGUAAGUCUGAUUUUGUUAAUAAACGCCUCUUGGUUGUACCCACGCUCUGGUCUGGUCUCGUCCCUGCCCGGGGGUCCGGCGGGGGCCGCGGGGUCCCAGCACCAUCUAGCGGCGGCGGCGGCGGCAGCGGCGGAGCCCCGCGGCACCGGAGCGGCCCCGGCCGCGCUCCGGGCGCGGCCCCGCGCCCCCGUCCCCCUCCCCGCGUGUCCCUGCCCCCGGUGUCCCCGCGCGUGGCGGCGUUGGGAAGGUUCGAGAAGGCGUUUGGCGGGGUCAGAGCCGUGCCCGCGCUGCGGUUUUAGGGGUGCCGGUGUGCUAGGAGCAGCGUGCCGGGUCUCGGUGUGCGGGCGGCAGGGAGCUGGCGGGUCCUGCCUGCUCCCGUUCCAUCUCGGUGCCGGGAGGAGGGGGAUGGAUGGCUCUGGCGUGGUCUGGCUCCAUCCCCGCCGUGUUGGGGGGCUCUGCCUGCUCCGUGCCCCAAGGAAAGCACUUUUCCUCCAGCUCUGGGACCCCCGGCCAAGCUCCCCCUCGAAACCCUGCAUGCCCCAUUGCCCCCUAUCACUUUUUUAUUUUCUGCCUCGUUCCUAUUGCAUUUCAGUGAGUCACGCAAUUAAUCCCUGUUAAUUGCCUUCUCGAUAUUGCUUUAUGCCCUGUGUUUAAAUUCCUUUGUGUCCUUUGAGCUGAAAAACAACGCGCUGAGAACAGGGACUACUUUUGCUGAAGGGAUUUUUAUUUCCCUGCCUGUGCCUCGAGCGUGGCUGCGGCCGGUGGGAGGGCCCAGCCGGGUUUCCUAUGGCAGCAGGAGAGGUUUGGUGGUCCAGUGGCCAGUUUGGCUCCGUGCUGAGCUCCCCGAGGUUGGUUUUGGGGGUCUGUGGCUGCCCCUGUGCGGACGUGGCUGGGGUCCGGUCGUGCCCGUGCUGGUGUUGCUCCUUCCAGGUGGGAUGUUUGCUGGAUGAGGGCUGGGGCUGGCACAGGGGUGUUUGCAGGGCUGGGGCUGGCACAGGGGCGCUUUGCUGCGGGUGUUUGCUCUGUCCUGUGGGCACAGCAGGAACGGGGUGCCAGGCCCAGGCUGGUGCAGCCUCCUGUGUCCCUGCUGGAUGCUGAGCCCUCCGGCAGCUGAUGCUGGCCGUGGAGGAGGAUGCCAGGAGCGGUGGGCAGAGCAGUUCCAGUGCAUUCUCUCUGGUGGCACGGGAGGUAUCCAGCCCCCCGGCCCUCGGGAGCAUCGCUUCUCCCAGGAUGUGGCCCCCACUCGGUGUCGGCCUCGCUCGGGCACUGCCGGUGCCCAUCAUAAAUCCUUCGUGAUGGGGCCUGUUUCAGGUUCCUGCACUGAGAUUUUGUCCCACCACGCCAGUCCCUGGCCGUGGCUGGGCACCUCGUGCCGCGGGGUGGGAGGAUGAUGCCGCAGAGCCUGAAGGUGUGGUAGCCCAGUGCCAAAAUCAGCACACCCGGCACAGCCGCUCCGGGUGUCGGCGCUGCCGGGGCUGUGCCAGAUCCCAGCCAGGGCACGGGGCAAGGGGCUGCACAGCUUCAUCCUGCCAGAGCCUGCUCCCAGAGCUGCUGGACGCAUCCCUCCUCACGCUCCAUCCCUCUCUGCCCCAAACCCUGCCACACAAGGAUGUUCCCUGCUCCAAAAACGAGCCCGCGCGCCUUCCCUUCACCCACGGUGCUGCCUGGAUGUGUUCUGCUGUGCAGGAGGUUCCCUGAGGAAUAUUUUUCCCCUCCCUAAGGACUGCAGCAGCGGGGCCAGACCGUGUAAACACCGCGAGUAUCAUCUGAUAGCGGCGGCACUCGGGCUGGAGCUGCUGGGGAACAGUUGCAUUGCCAAUAUAUUAAAUAAUUCCCUGUGUAAUGUAUGCCCAGGUUAUUGCGGAAUUCAUUUUAUAAUAAGAGCACUGGGAUGCACUUUAUUAAUCAUUCUGUCUAACAACCUGCACUCCACAGUUUCGGUUUGAUUUGAUUCAAUCCUGUCUUUCUGCAAAAUAUAUGGCUGAGUGGGUCGGAUAAUGUAUGGCUUAAUUUAGAGUUGUAUGGGUUUGAAUUACCAUUUUCAUAAUGUGCUGUGCAUUAAUGUGUUGCAUCAUUUAUACAGAAAAAUGUGCCAGGUUUCAAACCUCUCCAGGAGGCAAAAGUCACCUAAAGGGAACGCGGAGAGACAGAAAAAGACCUUUUCGAAUCCAGCCGGGGCUGGGAGGACACCGGUGGGUGUCGGACGUGGGGACGGCAGUGUUGGGGCUGUGCUGGUGGCUCCUUUCCCCGUGGCACAGCAGCACCUUCUCCAGCUCGCCCCGAGCUGCCGGGGACCUGCAGCGCUUGACUCGCCGGUGACCCCGGUGCCGGCGCUCGCCGAAGUCGCGCCCACCGCCGCUCACCCCGCGCCGCGAGGAAAAAGCUCUGAUUAUCCAAAUACAGUCAUUAAAGGGGAAAUGUGUUUUUAGGACUGUCAGAGUGAUUAAUGAGGGUUAGCAAUCCUUGCAAAUGCACUUGUUUAGUCUAACUGGCAGCCUCUCCUUCCCUAUUGAUUUAUGGUGGCAGUUGCCGGGGCCGUGGUGUGUGUGGAAGGAGCGGGGCUGCGCCGGGGCUGCCGGGGCACGGCGAGGGGCCCGGCCGAGCGGCACGGCACGCUCUGCUGUGCCGGAGGCAGCCGAACAAAGGCAACAUUAUACCCUGUGCCGGGGAAGGAAUGACUUGGACGCACACGCCGAGCCGCUCCGCGUGCCUUAUAAAUAUCCCCGUCUGUGAUGGCCGAAGCCCAGCUGACCACAGCCACGCUGUCCGCCCAAUAAAUACGUGAAUGAAAGAGCCAGGCCCUAUUUUUUCUUGUUGUUUUCCUUCCUCUCCUGCACAAAAAUCCCCGAUGUCUUUUAGGUGAUGCAGAGGUGGCUGCCCGCAGACGUACAAGGCGUUUCAGAGUCCAGAGCGGAGCACGGCGUCCUCGAGGGCUGGAGCCUGCCCAGGGGUCAGGUCGGGAUGCAGAGGCAUGGGCCAGAGCAGAGCCAUGGUGGGUGGAUGAGAAGUUCCUCAGUUGCAUAAAGCAGCUUUUCUUUCCACGUGAGCGCUGGUGGAAGCCACGGAGAACGCAGGCUCUGUUUGUCCUCCAAGUCAGAGUGGUGUGGACACCUCCUGUCCCCCCACCAGCAUCCCCGUGCCCAACCUGGGGUCUGGGCUUUGCUUUGGGGCACACUUGGUGCUGCAUGAGCUGAGAGCAGACCUGGAGGGACAGAGCUGUGCUUGGAGGUGGCAGCGGAGGUCCUGUGCCAGGCUGUGAGCUGGAGCCCUGCAGAAGGAGCAGCUGGAGCAGCCGGCGGUGACACGGCGGUGACACGGAGCAGCCAGGGCAGCAGCAGGGUGUGGAGCUGUGUGUGCCCACCAGAGCCCCGCACUGCCCUGCUGUGGGAUCACCUCCAGCCACUCCGAGCAGUGGGACAGCACAAGUGACAAGAGGCUGGACGAGGUGAGUGGAGAAGGACAAAGACCUCAAGGCGCCAAAGCCAGAAGAGUAUGGGCAGGCGCCCGGGCACUGCAGUGGCCAGGAAUGCCACAAAUGGGAGUGGACUUUCCUCUGGCUCUGGAUAUCAGCUGAAGAGCUGCUGCUGCCUCUGCCGUGGCCAUGGAUUGGUGUGUGCUGCAAAUCCUCCAGCAGCAGAUCCUCCAGCAGCUCAGGUUCCAGCUUCGGCAGCGAUAACGCUGACUUGUUCCUCGCCACACCAGGACACCCGGCCUUGGCUGGUCACCAGUGAAGUGCCCAGGGUGACCAUGGCCAUGUUUCACUCUUCUCCAGUGUCUGAUCAGCAUGACAGUCCAGCACAGAGCCCCUGGCAGGUGACAAAGCCCUGGGGCCACGGCCAUUUCCUGGCACAGGUUGAAACCGGAGUGUGGCAGCGAUCGCGCUCGUUCCUGCAGGCUGGGUCACAGUCACCCUCUGUUUAUUGUGGCGACAAACUGAGGAGUGCUGAUCCUUACACACCAACACUUCAGCUGAAGCUCCCUGGAGAGCAGGGGAGGGCGCUCAGCUGACAGCUCCGUGCACAGAGCAGGGUCCUGGAGCUCGAGUCACAAUAACAGAGAUUUACACAGAUCUACACAGAUUUACACAGACCCGUGUGUUUUCUGAAGGUGCUCAUGGAAACCUCCGGGAGCAGCUUUGCCAUGACUUCAUCCCACCUUCCAGCGUGGUGCAGGGACACAGGACAGGAGGAUGUGACCCACGGAGGAGGUGCCUUUGCCAAAGGUGGCGGUGGAACGCUGACCCUGUGCUACCAGAGCUGGCCCUGACAGGCUGAGCAGAGCUGGACAGCACACCCGACACUGUGCAGGGUGCAACGUGACCUCUUCCAACACCUUGUGGUCCCAAAAUUCAUGGAUCACCCCUCCUGGUGUGGCAAAAUUUGGAAGGAGAUGAAGGAUGCAGCAUCCUGGGCAUCUGGUGGCUUCUGGGGCUUGACGGACCCUUCCUGCAGACACCUCAGUGGAACAGAGAACCAAAAUGGCCUUUUUUGUGUCCCCCACAGCUGCCAAGGGUGGCUCCCCAGCAGCACUCGGGGCUGCACUGGUGCCCACCACAGCACCCCUGCAUCUCCACUGGUGCAUCCCUGGGAGAGGGAGAUGCUGCUGCACCAAAGGAGACGGGAGCAGUGGGAGCCUCAGGUCCUGGGGCCACCUCUCCACGAGCAGCUCCUGCAGGAGGGGUGCCUGGGGGGCUCCGAGGGAGAAGGACAGAGAUGGGGACUGUUAAAGAUCUUUUUGCUGAGCCCUCAGUCUUCUCUGCGCUUCCCAGAGGGAGGAGAGGGCAGAGUGAAGCACCCAGAAGAUUUGCUGUGUUUUCCUCUCUGGAUGAGAAGGAUGGGGCUGCUCAUCCCCGAGCAUGGAAGGGACUCCUGGUUUCUGCUGGAGCAGUGUUGCCUUUGUGGGGUUUUGUUCCCAUUCCCGGAACAAUCCCAGUAACAUCCAACAGGCUGGAGAAGGACAGCCCCCCUCAGAGGUGAGAAGAGCCAUGUUCUGGGCAAAAUGGAAACGGAGCCAAAAGCCCUUCCUUCCUUCUGGGGCUCUCACAGUCUCUGGGGCUCUGCUUGGGUUUUGUUUUGGGAACAACUGGGACGGAUGGGGCUGGCUGGGUGCCUGCUCCUCUGGCUGCUGGGGUGUGCUCUGUCCCCAUUGCUGCUGCUCCUCAAUAAUUCCCAAGUUUUCCAAGUUGUUGUGCUGGCACGGAAAUCCUGCAGCACUGGGGCAGCUCGGGGGGAGCACCCCAAGGGGAGCACCAGCAUCCAGCAGCUCCCACCUGCUUUUGGGAUGUCCUGGUGUGGAGCAAACCCUGAGCCUUCCUGGCUGUGGGGGAACCCCUCGGGGUACUGGGACUGUCCUGCUGGGUUUGGGGACUGGCUCUGAGCACUGGAGUGUGCACAGCAGGUGAGUCUGGGGGAGAUGGGGGCCAGGGCAGCGCUGGCAGCUCCGGGGUGCUCUGUGCCAGCAGGGCACAGCACCACAGCCAGGGGUGGGCAGCGGGCACAGAGCCUUUGAUCACACCCCAGACGGCCACAAGCCCCAGGGCAGCGAUGGGCUCUGGGGACAGAUCUCUGGGUGCUGUGUCCAUGGGGCCAGCGAUGCUGCUGGCACCCCGGGCUGCCCCUGCUCAUCCCCCUGGCCCUGCCCUUCUCCCGCGGCCGGGAGCGGCCCUUUCAUCUCUCGGGGAGGUACAAAUGGAGCUGUCAGAUGCCAUCAGCCCCGCGAUAUGACAGGUUGUGGGGCCGGGGCCCCUCGAACAGAGCAGCCUUGUCUGUCAGAGCCGCCUGACACUCCCCAUAAUGGCCAGAUGGAUGAGACUCUGAAAGUAGGGCCCGGCGCGUUUUCAACUCUAUUUUGGGUGAAAACACUUCUUGAAAGAUCUUGAAAGGAGCUGGCAGUUUAGUAGUUCAAAUGAUUAAUGAGCACUGGCUCUGGCGGGUGGAUUUCUCGCGCCGUGCCAGCAGCUGGGCCGCUCCAGCGGGCCAAGACACGCCGCGCUCCCCCCGCGCCCCCCGCUCCCCCAGCCCCCCUGGCUUUCCCGGAAAUGACACCAAGGCGACAGGCCCUGCAUAUGGAAAAAGUUAAAUAUAAAUUACUGCUGAAAGAGGCCUCGCUGAGCGGAGUUAGUUAAAGAUGUUUAUGGAUUCAGAAACACGGGCCUGCAUAUGUAUUUAGGGAUGACAAAUGUGAUUCAAUAAGUCAGGAAUUUCUCCGUGGGCUGAGGCGGGACCCGCGCGGCGCGGGCGCUGCUCUGGGCUCUGCAGCUCAGUGCCAUAAAUCCUGCAGACAGGCUCCUCGCUCCUUCCCAGCCUGCUUGGGACUGAGUCUCUCCUUUUCCCUGCGUCUCACCGAGUCGCAGGAGAUGCUGUGUUUGGGAUGUGACAGCCCUGCUCCCUCCACGGGUGUCCCCUGGGGCGGGUUUGGGGGGCUUGGGAAAACCCAUGGGGGCACUGGGGACCAUGCCACCACCAGUGCCAGGCACAUCCCUGUCCCUGGGCUCUGGGAGCAGCCAGGCCCUUCAGGACUGUCAGCAGCUGAUUAACGACCGACAGCUCCAGAGCAAGUUUGGGGUUUGACCUGGUGCUUAACAAGUUCAGCCCCAAUUCUGCAGCCCCUUCACAUGGGCAGCUGGGGGGUCUCCUGGAGCCUGGGGAGCACCCACCCAAACUGCCCCCUGUUCCUGCUGCUUUUGGGGUGCACAUCAGGGACCACUGAAGCAGGAAACCCUUAAAUUAAACUCCAGCUGCUGUGGUGGGGGCCUGGCAGGGGGCCAGCUCCUUGGCAGGGGUGCCAGCUCCUUGGCAGGGGUGCUGGAUUUGGGGUGCCAACCCCCAGCAGACCCCCAGCAAUGGGCAGUGCAGGAACCACCCCCUUGGCUCUCCUCAUCCCACACCUCUGAGGCUCAGAGGGAAAUGCCUUUCGGGGGGUCAGCGCCCGGCCAGGCCUUGGACCCACAUCCACAUUCCUUUGUCCUGAUUUUAUUCGUUAGCAACAUUUGGCCUGGAUAUGGAGACAGCUAAUGAGGGACGGAGUUUAUUGCAGUUUGAUUUUUCUGUUAAAACAAUACAAUAAAAUAAAUGCACUUGGAAAUCUGG